CAUGGCAGCCCCUCUUUGUUCACCGGAAUCAGUGUAAAACGUCACCCGCGCAGCAGCAGCUCAUUUAUUGAACAAAAUUGUUAUUACUAAGCAUUCGUGGCCCCGAUGAAGUAGCUUUGCCUCCAAAUGAAAUUCUGUCGUUUUUCCGACACUUCCAUGGCAGUCAACGCUCGUCGGGAUAAUCAAGCCCCGCGAACACGCGUUAUUAGACCUUUGGGGCUCAAACGGUGCAUAAGUCGAUGCGGAGGCAAUAUGUAGGCCGAGCGUGCACGCGUGGCUGCAGAGAAAGAGAGGAAGAAAGAGAAGCAAAGAGAGAGGCCGCCGUGCGCGUGCUCGCUCCGAGCUAAUUGCGUGAAUUGCGUCAGUUGCGCACGACUGCGGCGCAGCCUUGAAAUGCGCCCGACGCGAGCGAGCGGAGGCGCACUGAGCUCGGGGACACAACAGCAAAAGUUCUCCAGCGCGAGAGGCAGGACGACGCUGACGGAGCCCCUGCAGUCUCGCCUCUCUUCUUUAUGCCUCCUUCCCACUUUCCCUUCCACCGCGGUUUGUGAGGAGCAGAAGUGCGAGGAAGAAGUUUUUCCCCUGGCCAUGAACUACUUAGACAGAUUUCUAGCAGUGGUCCCCACCAAAAAGUGUAACCUGCAGCUGCUAGGAGCAGUUUGCAUGUUUCUCGCAUCCAAAUUGAAAGAGACUCGUCCAUUAACUGCAGAGAAGCUCUGCAUCUACACAGAUAACUCCAUCAGACCACAAGAACUGCUGGAAUGGGAACUGGUGGUGCUGGGGAAGUUGAAGUGGAACCUGGCAGCAGUGACGCCCAACGACUUUAUCGAGCACAUAGUGAGGAGGCUGCCGCUGCCUGAGGAUAAACUGACUCUUAUACGCAAACAUGUCCAGACGUUCAUCGCCCUCUGUGCCACAGAUUUCAGAUUCGCCAUGUACCCUCCAUCCAUGAUUGCCACAGGAAGCGUGGGGGCAGCAAUCUGCGGGUUACAGCUGGACUCAGUGAACCACUCCCAGUGGGGGGACAGUCUGACAGAUCUACUGGCCAAAAUCACAAACACAGAAGUGGAUGUUCUCAAAGAAUGCCAGGAGCAGAUCGAGCGCGUGUUAGAGAGCAGCCUGCGUGAGGGCCGGAAGCAGCAGCAACAGCAGCAGCAGAGCCAGAGAGGCCCGAGCAGUAAAGGCCUGGACGAGCUGGAUCAGUCGUCCACCCCGACAGACGUCCGUGACAUCAACUUGUGAACCACAAGAGGGCCUCAUUUCGCAGGAUUUACAACAACAACAAAAAAUAAGAAUCAUGAAAAAAAUAUAUUUCUUAAAAGCAGAAAAAAAGAACAAAAAAAAAAACAAAAUGCUAAAAACACAAGCCCUUUAAAAGAAAAAGAACAAUGCUUGCUAGUUUUUUGUAGAUUUUUCUGUUCUUCAAGACAAACGCCUGCCCGCGAAAUCUAGAUUUUCUAAAAGCAACAGAUUUGGGGCAUGAUGACGCUCCGUGGUGCCUUGGAUGCACAGAAGGGAAACCAAUCAUAUUUGCAUUCUGCCUUUGAUUGUAUAGAAUGAUCAUUAAGUUAUAUUGUCACCAUAGCUGGUUGGAAGAAAGUUGCAUAUGUGGGAUCAAAGUAUGGGCGCUUAGUCUUAUUCUCGCUCUCUCUUUUGAUAUAUAUUCAUGUUAUCUUGACCAUCAGCAAGAUGUGGAGAGGAAGCCUUGAGAGCAGUAUGCGUAACGUUGGCGGGUCCCAAAUCCGGGGAUGAGAAAGGAUCAUUUGAAUCAUCAUUAUUAGUCGUAGUAAUUAUUAUUAGUCGUAAUAAUAUUAUUUGACAUAUUUUGAGUAGUCAAGAUCAAUAAGCUGCUUUGUCAGGCUGCUUGUAUGUAUGGGUCAGUUAGCGGAUUCAGCAUGCCUCGGUGUGUGUGUGCGUGCGCGCGCGCGCGUGUAUGUGUGCGCAGUCUGAAUGGGAUCCUGUAUCUAAAUUAGCAGUAAACAUUUUAAGGCGUGAGGCACUUACAAUGUUAGAAGACUAUGGAGCAGGCUGAGGUUCCAUACAUACUUUGUCUAUCAGUAUAACGGGGUAUCUAUGCUAUGUCACUGCCUUCAUUCAUCAGCAGUGUAUCUAGGUCUGUUGUUGGCCAGCAAUAAACUGCUGCAUGGACUAUGAAUGAGACACAGUGUGUGUGUGUGUGUGUGUGUGUGUGUGUGUGUGUGUGUGUGCGUGAGUGAGUGAAGGAACCUUCACUUCGCUUAGUGCCCCUCUAAGAGCAUGUUUCUAUAGUCUUUCAUAACCUCAGCCUCAUAGGUCAUGCGAGGCGUUUGUUUUAUUACUGCCAUUCUGUUAAUGAUAUAUGACCACAUAUUGUCACAUAGUGUUACAAUGUUGUGUUUUCUCAGUCAAAGGGUUUUGGAGUGCAGAACUCUCCAACACGAGGCGUUUUAGAGCACAUUUGAUCGGCGGAGAGGACAAUGCCUCGACGACAGGAGGACGGGGGACUUCUGUGUUCAUGGGAAGGGAGGCGACAGGGUGUGAAAAGACAGUUUGCAUGGACGAAUGAAAUAGAAUGGCGACGAGUGUCAGGACGUGGGAGCAUGCUGCUGAUGUACAACUGGUGGCUGAAUGAUGACUAAAACACCCAAUAGAGGUUUGAGAGCAGAAUGAUUUGGUAGGAUUAAAAUUCUUUUUUUAUGGAGGUGUACUAUAACACAGUUAAUUGAGUUGAUUUUUUUUUUUUUGUUUUUUUUUUUUUAAUGUAUUGGUUUCCAUUUACAUGGAUGCUAAAUGAGGAACUAAGGCUGCCAGAUCAUGUGAGGAUGACUUUCCUUUUUUUUGUUGUUGCUUGGAGGAGUACAGGAUAUUGUCAAUGCAUCUGGAGUCCCACAUAGGGUUGUGUUCCGCUCCCUAUAUGAUUUCAAUGGCAAAGCACUUUGAGAACAUGCUCCCCUGGAGAUACAUCAAAAUGAAUUGGUGGUGAUUUGGAGGUGGGUGGGUGUUUCUUUUUCUCUUUCAAUUUGUUUUUUUAGCCUUUUCUUUGGUUUACUUUGUAGGGCUGGUUUCCCAAUGACCCCCUAUGUCAAGCAAGAGUCACAUAAAACAGGACAUUCCAAUCAAAACGAACAUUCCUAUUCAAGCAAAGACCAACUUGAUCCAAGGAGCUUGUUCAUUUCCAAGGAUUGGAACAAAAACAAAGGCCAAGAAACAGUUGCCUCAUCUGUGGCUUUCCUUUACACUGUCAAGAUUUUUUUUUGUACUUGAAUAUUUCUUUCUAUUUAUCUGCAUCACAGCCACAGUCAUGUCACACGGGGCGGCGCUCGGGUGGUCGUAACAUCCAAUAUUUGCACAAGUUCUUCAGAGGCCAAUGAGGUUUUUUUUUUUUGUCUUUUUUGGUUUUGUUUUGUUUUGUUUUAGUUUGCAAACCACCACAAGUGAUGCGUGUUUUAGUGGCUGUUCACUUUCUAUGGUGCUGGCUUGAAACUGCAGAAAUGUUGAACAACAUUGUGUAAGGCUACGUUGUGUGUCAUUCAGUCCUCUUUGAGCUUUGCUGCUUCGAAUAAUCGACGAGGGGGUUCAUCAGGCAGAGAGACACGACCGUGUUUUUCUUUUUUUGGACUUUCACUUGUGCUUGAGUUGUUGUUUUUUCAUCAAUGACAUUGCUGGUUGUCAGACUGAAAAAAAAUGUGGGGAUGUUUUUGUUUUGUUUCAAAUUUGGCGAUUAGAUUUGCCAAAACAUCUAGUUUUCGAUAAUUGCCCUCCUUCAUUUUGCCUCUGCCGGAUGUAAGCUCUCACCCAAACUUAAUGUCUUUCCUGCAAUGUCUUGUUGCGUGUGUUAUAUAUUGAGACCACACUUUCAAUUUGUGUUUGAUAUAUUUUAUGGGGUGACCAGACCCACAAAAGGGUUUUUUUUUUUUUUCUAAGAUUUAGAGAUACUGUAUUCCAAAGUGAAGAGAGGACAGAGGAGGUGUGAAGACAUCAAGAAAAAAAAAGUCAAUAUUUUUAUUGAGUUAUUGUUGUCUUUUUGCGCUGCUAAAAGCUAUGAAUUUGUUUCAUUUAUACAAAAUAACAUUACAGAGUUGUGAUGUGUCACUUGAGUGUGCUGCUAUUUUAUAAACAUUUGUAUUAUAAUAUAAUUAUUUUACUGCUUAAGAGAUAAAUUCAGAAAAACGAAGUAGAAGGUGAUAGAAGAACAUGAAAUGAGUAUUCGACUGGAAAUGUUCUUUGUACAGUUUUGACAUUUUGCUUAGAUAGCAUGUCUCCUUUACCCCUUUUUGAAUCUAUUUUGCUCUUUUUCUUCAGUCACAUUCUGCAUCAGUGGUAUAUGUCCUAUACCUCAGGAUUACUGGCUACAUACAAAAAAAAACACACACACACACACACACAAACCAAUCCAUCAUUGAUACCUCUGCAGUUAGGGAGCCUGGAAUAGAAUAGAAAACAACAAAUUAGCAUUUUGUGGAUGUCCCGCUGUUUGGCUUCCACUCGGACUUACUUGAGGGGGGUGGGGGGUUAAAACAUUUCUGCGGGUCUUCUAGCAUGUUUUGCUCAUGUUGGUGCUACAUCUGACAUGUUUUGGGUAACAACAGCGUUCCCGUGAUGGCCAAAGUACACUUGUUGCUUUAUUCCAUCACAAUUACCCUGAAUGUUCGCCAAUAUGGAUUCCCAAUGUGGGAACGACGUAGUUUGGUCCGAGAUCUGAGAUAAUGUGCGUAUGUGCGUCUGUAUGUGUGCGCCAUUGUAACUACCGCAGAAUGGACAAGGUGAAUUACACCUGUCAUUUUGACUCAUAAAUAUUGUGAUACCUGGAAAUUUGAAUGAAGCACAUUUCCCUUUGAGCCCCCACCCCCCUCCCCCUCCCCCUCCCCCCCCCGGAACCCAUAUCAUGUACCUCAAAUGUCUGUUGCACAACCUCUGUUCAAUAAACUUCUGCUUUAAAGGGUGUGACACCACAUCA